AUGCUGGUUGCGGAGGCCGCCGAGCGGAACAAGGAGCCCAUCCUGCAGGUGUUGCGGCAGUACGUGGACUCGGCCCAGCGCGGCGUCCGCGUGCUGGAAGUGGCCUCGGGCUCGGGCCAACACACAGCCCACUUUGCGCGAGCCUUCCCCCAUGCGGAAUGGCAGCCGUCCGACGUGGACCAGCGCUGCCUGGACAGCAUCUUGGCCACCACUCAGGCCCACGGGCUGCCCAACGUGAAGGCCCCGAUGUACCUGGACGUGAGCUGGGAUUGGAAACAGUGGGGCGGAAUCUUGCCGCAGUCUCUGGACCUGCUGCUCUGCAUCAACUUGAGCCACAUCAGCCCCCUGAGUUGCACUGAGGGCCUGUUCAGAGCAGCAGGACACCUGCUCAAACCCAAGGCUGUGCUCAUCACCUAUGGGGAACCCCGAAUGGGGGCUACGGGACACCUCCCUUCUCAAGGAACUGGGCCAGGCCAGCGGCCUGCUCCUGGAGAGGAUGGUGGACAUGCCAGCCAACAACAAGUGCCUAAUUUUCCGGAAACAGUAACUCCCUCUUCCACGAUACCUGUGUUCCUGGACAAAGCCUCUGCCAUCCUGGGCCAGACUGCGGGGUGUGACCCUGCUGACUGGGGAUUCUUGACCAGAGCACCCCUGCAGGAUGCCUGUGGGCAGUCUGUCUCUGAGGUUUCCAUACUGGGCACAGGAGGGAUCUGGCCUGUGGGUCAGGACUCCCGGGCAUCCUGGACUCUGCUGCUCCCGUCGACCAGUGAGGGGACGAGGGAGAAAAGCCCCAGGAAUGCUGAGGCAGGACUGAGCUGA